CCGAAUAAAUGAGCUCCAAAUAGAAUCCACACAGACACACGUGGUUUACAAUUUAGCUUUUCUAUGUAAACAAUGGACGGAUUUGCUCCUCUUCUGGUGACCUUCUCAUCUCCUGGAGGCCAUAGCUCUACACAUACUAUCUAUUGUAAGGCUCAUUCUCUUAAGAAGACCUCAGAGCACACUCCUAAUGGUCGCACUCUCUUCACUCUGGGAUGGCCACCAUAUGUAACCAAGCGUUGCUUAGAGGAGGUGUUCUCAAGAGCUGGUCACGUGAGCCACGUCAUCCUACAGCUCAGAGGAGCGCUAAUGGAGGACACAGAAUGUGGGGAUGGAUUUAAGGUUGGGUAUGUGGUAAUGUCUAGUAAGUGUGAGGUGACCUCUGCACUCAAGCUGUGCUCCCUCUCUUCCCCUCUCCCCUGCACUCUGACCUCAUUAGGUCUCACUCUCUGGGUGAAACACUAUACGUCCAAUAGACCUUCCCUCGACAUGCUAGAGAGCUCCGUUGCCAUAGUGAUGGAGAAACAUGAUCUAAGAGUGAAGGCAGGCAAAGAGGAAAGGAUGAAAGCAGCUGCUCCUGAUGAGGACGGUUGGAUCACUGUUACUAGUAGAGGAAACAGGAGAAAGUUGUCUGACGAGCCUGCUGGCAAAGGAAGGAAACAAAAAAAGAAAGAGUUAGUCAACUUUUACUCGUGGCAGCUUCGUGAAGGUCAGCGUACAGAGAUAGCUAAACUGAGGCAACACUUCGAGGAGGAUAAACUGAGAGUGGCUAACAUGAGAGCAGCUAGACGAUUCAAACCAUACUGACUGACAAUAACUAUUAGCUAUGAUUAGUGUUGACUGUACAUGUAUCGUUUUGUAUGUUUCUAUAAUUCAAUCACUGUUGGUUAUAUAGUACAAUGUUUAUGGAUAGCAACAAAA